AUGGAAAUCACCCGUGAAGGCUUACGUUGGAUGAUUUUUUAUGAUUUUAAAAAAGGCCUUACUCAACAACAAUGCAUAGAAUCGCUUCGUGCAACUUUUGGUAAUGAAGCACCAUCAGAGAAGACCGUUUACAAUUGGUUUGCAGAAUCUCGUCAUGGUCGUGCGUUCGUCAGUGAUGAAUGUCGAGAAGGUCGGCCAAAAUCGGUUGUCAUUCCGAGAAACAUCGAUGCUGUGCGCAACAUGAUUAAAGAAAAUCGGCAUGUGACUUACAGACAGAUAGAGGCGUCUCUUAGGAUAUCGCAGACUGCAAUACAAUCGAUUUUGCAUGAACAUUUAGAUGUGAGACGGAAAUCACCCGUGAAGGCUUACGUUGGAUGA